CAGUGUGCAGCAGCAAAUCCGGUCCGUCCUGUCAACGCCUGGGUGUUCGACCGGCUGCAGUUCAGUGUAAAACGUGUUUAAGGAGAAAAUGCGGCUCCGGCUGGAUGAACAUUUAAAAUAUUGUAGGUCAUGAGUUAAGGGGUGAGGGAGAGAUUUCAGAGGACAUGGAUCGACAAAUUGAACAGGCUGUACGCGACGAGGACACAAUGUCUUCCAGCUCAGUGGGAAUGUCCGAUUUGUCCGAUGAGAUCCUGCUGUGCAUCCUCCGCCAUGUUCCAGUGUGUGACCUGAUGGUGAAUGUGGCAAAUGUCUGCCACAAGUUACACACACUGUGCCAUGAUAAGACGCUGCUCACUAGUGUCAGCCUGUCUGAGGAGUAUCAGGCUGAUGAUCUGAUGGUUCGGCAAAUAUUGAAACAGCUGUCCAAUCAAGUGCAGUCUCUCAGCCUGAAUGGUUGCUACUGGCUGUCUGGUUCUACAAUGGAGCUUCUUGCUCGCUGCAGAGGAGUGACGCACCUUGAUGUCACUGGCUGUCGCAUUACUUCCCUUCGUCUCUCCCGUCUCCUCUCCUCCCUCUCUCUCCUCAGAUCACUUGCCUUUGAUGUGACACCGGGCUUUAACUCUGCUCAGCUCAGUUCAGAAGCAGUGGAUUCCCUGAGCCGCCUGUUGGAGCUCAGACAGACACUGUUGACUCCGAGUUAUGGUGUGGUGCCAUGCUGCGCCCAGCUCCGCAAGCUGAUGCUGCAGUUUGACAUCCCCGAUGUGACCAGAGAGGGUAUCGGGGUUUGCUGUCAGUUGAUGGUGGGUCAGAGCAGUGUGCCACAUUAUCAGCAGCUGGAGGAGUUCACAGCCAGACUGGCUCCCGGAGAGGUAAACCAGACCUUGCUGCUGCUGUAUCUAGCUGUAUUCAGUGUCCACGUUCCGAAGCGUCUAAGAGUUUUCCUGGUGUCGAUUCCUGGGCCGAACCCUGCUCACUGGCCUGCCGCUCCCUCGCUGGCCCAGAGUUUGGGUCUACGUGGUGACCUGGAGGCCCUGCAGCUCCCUCGUUCCUGGUUGGACUCCUUGUCCCUGAAGCGAGCCCUCGAGGGAAACAGUCCAAAACACCUCAGCUUCAGCCGCUGCCCAGCAUUGUGGCCUCAGGUGUUCCUGUCACUGUUGGAGGGCGGAGUCAAAGAUGCCACUCAGCUGAUCAGCCUGAACCUCAGCGGGAUCAAUCAGGUCCUCUACUCAGAGUGCAGGAGUGCUGAUGAUCAGCUGGUUCCCGGCACAAUGAGCAGGCUGGCAGUCGGCUGUUCCAACAUUAAACACUUGAACCUGAUGCACACACAUUAUCACCAUGAAAACUCGCCGGGACUUUCUGGAGAAACACACCUGUGUGCUAGCUUGGCCAAAUUCCGACACCUUCACUCUCUCACCCUACCUGUCUGCGCUCUGUCAGACGGUUUAAACACACAUCAGAUCUCUGCAAACAACACGUCUCCCUCUGCUCUAUUCCUGGGGUUAAAGAAGACUCCUCGUGUUGGGCUCCAGAACUACAAACCUGAUUCGGACUCUUCUCUGUCAAGAGACAGUACCUCAGGGCUCUGUCAGCUCCUAGCUGGCUGCCAUGUUUUACAGACAUUAGAGCUUAUUGGUCCGGGUUUUAUCUCUGCGAUGCCUCGGCUUGAGCCCUGCUCUCGUGUCAGCGUGGAGCCUCGUGGUAUGUGUGCAUGGGCGCGAGGGAUUGGAGACUCACACUUAGCCGCACUUGAAGCUUUGCCUCGAUUACGCCGCCUGACUCUGGCAGGGCUUCCUGGGGUCCUUAGGGGGACAGGGUUGGUUCAGCUGACCACACAGUGCAAAGACUUACGUGUAUUAUCACUUGCCAACAUUGGAUCAUUAAAAACCAUGAACUACAAUUCAGCCUUGCUUGAAACACUCAAACAGUGCACGCAGCUACAAGAACUCAGGUUAGAGCAGCCCUAUCUGAAUGCCAACGCCUCGUUCUUUGAGGCUCUGUCUUGUUGCCCACAUCUGCAGCGUCUCUGCCUCAUCUCACGCAGUGGAACCUUUGACCCAGUGGCCACAGAAGCCUUCAUGGAGCGAUGCUGCCAUGUCAUCAUGUGCCACAUGUUCAUGGGUGGCAUAGUGGCUUGUCGCACUCUGCAGAAAACGCUGCUGGACAGAUUUUCGUUUGCACGCUCUGCCCUGAGUGUGGUCAUCUAUCCGUUACAUCAUGAAGACCUGCCUUCAGUCAUCAGAGAUAUCCCACUUACUCUGCUGGACCGGAUAACUUUGUUCCAGAGCCAUGUGGCCCAACCACCACAUUUAUCACCGUUGUGACAUCAGCUGAAAGCUUCACCGUGUUUGAUGCUCAACAGCUGAGGUGCUCUUAUUUUGGUGUGUUGAAAAUAAAGGUUUGCAAAUGAAAAAAAAAAAGUUAAUCAUUUGUAGAAGGAUUUCUUAUUGUUUCAGUAGAUACAUCAACAACUAUUCAGGCUGCCUCACAACAACACAUCAACCAUGAUUGUUUACAUUUACUGUUUAUGUCAGAUUAAUUAUGUUCCUCGGAGGGAUUUUUUUCAAGUCAUUGGUCCAGGUCAUUUCUCAUUCAGUGCCAUUUGCCUUUAAUUGUAGCAUCUCAGUCAAUGUUCAUUUCACUAAUAUACACAUCUGUUAUCUAAAGAAGUGCCAAUAAUAUAAAGGGAUGUAUUUGUUCAUAAACCUUGUAAAAGAGAACUCAAUAAUGUUGUAAUAAACUCCAUGUCAAUGAUUUUAA